AUGAUAAUUCUGAAAAUUCUUUUUAUGUUUGUAAGUCUAAUUCAGUCAUUUAUGAUAAAAAAGAUACAAUGGGGGGAAGAAAACUUACACGGUAUCCAGUUUCGGCUAUAUAAGACGAAAUAUUUUAGAAAAUUCAAAACAAUGCCAUAUCUUAGAGAUUCGGGAGAAAAUCAUAUAAAGGAAUUAACAAGAGAACGUGUAAAAUUAAAUAAGCAUACAGCAAAUCCAAUAACACGCGGUGCUAAUUUUCUCUUUAUAUGUAAUUUGGACAAUAGAUUAUCAUCUCAAGAUGUUACUCAUUUUUUUAACUAUUUUAUUGGUAUUGGAAAUUGUGUAGCUCAAAUAAAAAGAAAUAGAUACACAGGGAGAAACAUGGGGCAUGGUAUUUUGAAAUUUAAAAAAGCUGAGGAUGCAACAAUUGUUUUAUUAAAUUAUCAAGGAAUAAAGUUAGGAGAGAAAAAUAUAAUUUUAACAGAAGCUUUUAAAAAUGAUUAUUUAGAGCAAAAAAAGCAUAUAUGUAAUAUAUUUAAGCCACGCAUAUAA